CUGAAUUAGGAGACUAUGACCCAGAUGAACACUUUGGGAACUAUGUUGCAGACUUCAAACUUCUCUUGAAACAAACAACUCGUAUUGAGGAAAAAAUAGCAGAAAUACAUCAGACUCAGUUGAGUGGUCGGGUUCCAGCUGUUGCAGAGAUGAACUUCUUACACAAAGCUUGUCAGCUGGAUACGUAUGGAAUUGACCCUCAUCCUGUAAAGAGGAAGCAUCUUAUUGGGUUCAAAUGUCCUACUCAAGCUGCAUGUAAACAUUUGUGGAAGUGUGCCUUGGAACAGCGUUACUUUUUUGCGGUGGAAUCAUCUUCAGAAGUUCCAGCAGUUACUACUGGAGGAGGUUUGUUUUCUAGGGGCUCAAAGUUCAGGUACAGUGGGCGAGUAGAAAAGGAAGUGGUUGAACUGAUGAAAAACUUUCAACGAGAUCCUCCUCAAUUUCAGCGAAGUUUCAUGCAUACUUCGUCUUUUCAUCAUAAAAGUGAAUCUUAUCCAACAACACCAGCUACACCAUCUAGGGAUUACGAAACAGAUUUUCCCGAUCUUCACUACAUGAACCACUCUGCUCCAGUAACAGAAAAUUUGGACUCCAUUACGUCUACAGAUUCUACUAGCCCUAAACAUACCAACCACUCAACACAAAUGGCUGGAAGUUUGAGUGACUUAACUCUUCCAGAACACGAAGAAGCACCUACUGCUUUGUUUGAGACGGUGCAAGAGCAACAGGUGGAGAAUACAAAAAGUGAAAUAACACAAGAGCCUGAGGGCCUUGCUGAGAAUACUUAUUCAGUUGACCAAGAAGUAUCUGUACCUUCAUUACAAGCCUCAACGCCACAGUUACCUGAGAAUCCUGAACAAGAUCCUCAUGUUGAGUUCCCUAUUGAAGUUUCUACAUCAACUGAACCACAGAAGACAGAAAUGAACUUUGAAUGGGAUCUUAAAAUUCCAAAGCAGAAAAAUAUUUCAAGUUGUCAGUCCUUUAUGUUUCAACCAGUGAAUGUGGUGAGGGUAGCCAUUCUGGCCUCACUUUUUAUACUCUUGAUUUUUUGGUGUUUGCUCGUUGUUGUAAUGGAAUCAGACUCUCCUCUCUUCAGUGACAUACGCAAGAUACCAGAACUGCUUGUUCUGCGGCAGGAGUACUAUGAACCAACCAAAGACUACAUUAUGGAGAGAUUGAAAUUCCUCUUUUGACUUUUAUAAUUAUAUCUGGUGUUUCAGGUACUAACACACAAAUGUUUGUGUUCUUUGAAAAAAACUAAUUCCAACAUUAGAAACUAAACCAUUUGUGCAGCUAAAAAUUUCUUAUUCCAUUUUUAUUCCAAAAAUCUGCAAAACUUUCCACUUUUGACAAAGUUAUUUAUUUAUUUUUUGAAACAUUAACUUGAUAUUUAUGUAUCACAACUGUUAAUUCUAAGACAUUUAGACCAGAUUUCUUAAUAAUCUAACCUCUUGGUCUAAUUGUUACUAAAUUUUUCUACAAACCUUGCUUAUUUCUUGAGUGAUCUUCUCUAAGUUUUGAAUAUGUUACAGCACAAAUACAUUCUACAAAUUCUUUGUAUGUAUGGGUAUAGUAAAAGGUUUAUGUUAGUUAGAAAUAUUAAAAACAUUAUUCACGAUCGUAUUGUGAACUUAAGAAGCCAUAUUAAUUCAGGGAUAUCAUCUUUACUUUCAACAUAUGUGUGUAAUGUAGUGUUAGAUUGUAUAUGUUGGUAAAAGAUUAGUGUAUUUAUAUAUAUAUCUUAUUUCUGUUCUUACAAUAUAUUUUUUAAUGUCACAGAAUUAGUUUUUUUACUUUGUUUAUUGUUUUUUGAACUUUUAGUAAUUAUGUAGUGUAAUUGUUGAUUUGCAAUAAGCGGUGUUCUUAAUUGUUGCUAUCUAUAAUGCAGUUAUUAUUUUUAUAUUAGUGUCAGCUUUACUGAUAUGAUAAUUACUGCUUAUUGUUGGUUAUU